CAUGGCUGAGGGCGGCGGGGGCGCGCGGAGGAGGGCGCCGGCGCUGCUGGAGGCGGCCCGCGCGCGCUACGAGAGCCUGCACAUCUCGGACGACGUGUUCGGCGAGUCGGGCCCGGACAGCGGUGGGAACCCUUUCUACAGCACCUCGGCCGCCUCCCGUUCCUCCUCGGCCGCCUCCUCGGAUGAUGAGCGCGAGCGCCCGGCGCCUUCGGGGGCCGCCCCGCCACCCCGCGUCGCGGACCCCCCGGAGCCGGAGGAGGACGAGGUGGGCGCGGGCUGGAGCGCCGCGCUGCGGGAUCGCCCGCCUCCGCGAUUCGAGGACACGGGUGGUCCGACCCGAAAGAUGCCCCCUAGUGCCAGUGCUGUGGACUUCUUUCAGCUCUUUGUUCCAGACAACGUGCUCAAGAACAUGGUGAUGCAGACCAACAUGUACGCCAGGAAGUUCCAGGAGCGCUUUGGCAGUGACGGUGCCUGGGUGGAGGUGACACUGGCUGAGAUGAAGGCCUUCCUGGGCUACGUGAUCUCGACCAGCGUCUCACACUGCGAAUCUGUCCUCAGCAUUUGGAGUGGUGGCUUCUAUAGCAAUCGCAGCCUUGCCCUUGUCAUGAGCCAGGCCCGCUUUGAGAAAAUCCUCAAGUACUUCCACGUUGUGGCCUUCCGCUCCAGCCAGACCACACAUGGGCUCUACAAGGUCCAGCCCUUCCUCGAUUCCCUGCAGAGUGGCUUCGAUGCUGCCUUCAGGCCAUCCCAGACCCAGGUGCUACAUGAACCCCUGAUCGACGAAGACCCUGUGUUCAUUGCCACGUGCACGGAGCGAGAACUGCGAAAAAGGAAAAAGAGGAAAUUCAGUCUGUGGGUCCGCCAGUGCUCCUCCACGGGCUUUAUCAUCCAGAUCUACGUUCACCUGAAGGAAGGCAGUGGCCCAGAUGGUCUGGAUGCUCUGAAGAACAAGCCCCAGCUCCACAGCAUGGUGGCCCGGAGCCUUUGCCGGAAUGCAGCUGGCAAGAACUACAUCAUCUUCACAGGGCCCAGCAUCACCAGCCUCACCCUGUUUGAAGAGUUUGAGAAGCAAGGCAUUUACUGCUGCGGCCUGCUCAGCUCCAGGAAGAGUGACUGCACGGGCCUCCCUCUGUCCAUGCUGACCAACCCUGCCACACCGCCUGCCCGUGGCCAGCACCAGAUCAGGACAAAAGGGAACAUGUCUCUGAUUUGCUGGUACAACAAGGGGCACUUCCGCUUUUUGACUAACGCCUACUCCCCAGUGCAGCAAGGGGUCAUCAUCAAGAGAAGGAGUGGGGAGAUCCCCUGCCCCCUGGCUGUGGAGGCCUUUGCUGCUCACCUCAGCUACAUCUGCAGAUACGAUGACAAGUACAGCAAGUAUUUCAUUUCUCACAAGCCAAACAAGACGUGGCAGCAGGUGUUCUGGUUUGCCAUCAGCAUUGCAGUCAACAACGCCUACAUCCUGUACAAAAUGUCAGAUGCCUACCACGUGAAGAGGUAUAGCCGGGCACAGUUUGGAGAGAGACUUGUAAGGGAGUUGCUGGGCCUGGAGGAUGUGUCAUCAGCCCAAUGAGACUGUGCUGGGUCAGGGGUGGCAGGGAUGAAGAGGAGGCACCCUGCUACCUGUCUGCCUGUUGGAGUGGGCCGUGUGUGGUCAGAGGGUCUGAGCCCGAUACAGGUAACUGGAGGGGCUGUGACCUCAGAAGGCACCAGCGAUGAGGUGGGCAGAGCACGCUCUGCUUUCCAGAGCCUGAGAGAUUCUGACAGAUAAGUUUACACCAGGCAAGCUUGCAAAAUGGACUCUGCCCAGUGGCACAGCUCAGCACAUGGGGACAUGGGUUUCCAGCACUCACUUUGUGUGGUCAGCUUGGAGGGCUCCCUUGGAAGAAGAAAUGCAACCUGGUGUCAUUAAAACUCAGGUGGCAGGAUGGGAGUGAUUGCAGCGGCUGUGUCCUCCCUAGGGCUAGUGGGGAAGCAGGGCAGAGAGGGAGCCCGGGUCCACCGGAAAGGGUGAUCCUGGUUUGUUGUUGUGUUUUCACAAUAUCUUCAGGUCAUUUUCCUACUGUUGCUUAAGGUCUACUGUAAACAGGAGGUGUCCCCUCCUCUCGCACCCCACACACCCUCACAGUCCUCUGCAUGAUCAGUUCUGUGUCUGGCCUGUGGCAGGAUGGGAAGGGCCGCUGGCUUCCAGGACAAACAUGGCUAUAGCUACCAAGGCCUGGGGAGGCUGCAGGCUGUGCGUUUUGUCACAGUGUCAUUGUUGGCAGAAUUACUUGUUUUGAGAAAUAUGUAGCACUGUGGAAACAAAAUCUUCUGCUGAGGACCCUGUGCUAAUUGUUUUUCUCCGUGUGUGGUGGUCCCCCAGAAAGGUACAGCUGACUUGGGAGACCCUGGUUUAGGGCCCUUCCCGCUCAUACAGCUGACUUGGGAGACCCUGGUUUAGGGCCCUUCCCGCUCAAGGUCAACAUGUCUUCAUAGAGCCUUGGCCCCAAGGUGGGCACUGCCUGGCAGAUGGGAAACAAGUAAUUUCUGAACCUUGCAGUCUCUUCUAACCUGAUCCCCAUUGAUACAGAUACAUAUGUACUCAAGGAGCACCUUAGGACUUACUUCGUUCAUUCAGUGGGCAGAAUGUGGCUGGUGACAUGCACCCCCCCCACACCUCACCCCUUUUGUGCCCUCGCUCACCAUGAGCACCCUCACCUGUGGUGGGACCACAAUGUCAUGGAUCGUAGGCUCGAUUUCAGACACCUUGCUGUACCCUUUAAUUGGACUGAAAGCACUUUUACCACAUGGAGAAAUCUAUUUUUAAUUUGUGACACUUUUCUACAAGGUCCACUCUUUCUGAGUUCACAAGUUUAAAAACACUUAGGGAAGACUAAUGAAAGCCAAUGACUUUUUCUUUUCUGUCCAAACAAGCAAAAUAAAAAUAAAAGUCUAUUUAGAUGUUGGCUGUUAA